AUGUCAGAUUGUGCUGAAGGCGUUGCCGCAUUGAGCAAGCACAUGAUUAUUUAUAAAACAUUGGAAAUGCGUUGGCGAGUCAAUCCCUAUUUUUUACACAGAAAUUUGAAGUAUGUUCAUAUGGCUAGAAAAAAGUGUACAAGGAAAAGACCUUUAGGUUUAAAUGACAUAGUCGAUCAUUUAUUAAGCGAUAAUCAGUCACUACCAGCAAUAUCAACAUCAAAUGAAUCGUUUAAUUUGCAUUUACAUUCGUGGAGAUAUGAUCAAGAUUCUCUACUUCAUUCAAGUAGCAAACAGGAUGUAUCGUUCGAAUUAUUAGUCACACGUGACGAACAUCCUUCACAACAACAAGGGCAAAAAUCUUCACAUUCUGUCCGUCUACCUGUUACAACCGUGUCAUUAUUUAAAAAAUCUCCAAAAAUUAUUAGUGUUGGUAAAAUCAAUUCAAUUAAUUCAAUUCGUUCAAAUGAAAAUUUUAAUAAAAAAUCAUCCGUUGAAGAAACAACUAUCUCAAUUAAUAUUUCAUCAAAAUACAAUUAUACAUUGAUAUUCUCAAGCAUUGUCCUCAGAAACGACAAUAAUGAAUAUAUAUCGUCUUCGUACGCUAAAUCCGUCCAAUUAGAUUCAUUAUUUAAUUCAAAUGUAUCGAAUAAAAUACCCCAUAAAAUUGAAAUAUUAUUACCAAAAACUGGCAAUGAGCCGUCUGAACAAUCAGCAUUAAAACUUUAUUUCGAAAUUAAUCGUGAAUUUGUUGAAACAGUUGGUGGUUCACGAUCGCCAUUUUCAUCGGCGAGAAAUUUGAUGCCGUCAAUUCAAUUACAACGCUAUAUUGAACCGACAUUAAACACAAAACGUACAACACAAGAUAUUCGAAAAAUGACUAAGAAAGAUAAAAACAAUCAAAAGAAAUAUACGAUGACAACAAUAUCACCAGCAUCUUUAAUAAAGAUGACAACAACAACAUCAAAUGGAAAUAAAUACAAUCAAUUAUUUUAUCAUUUUUAUUUUGGUAAACAAGCUGUACAACGAAGUUAUGCGGCUAAAUUUGGUCAAUGUUGUUUUUGUCAAUUUUUAACGGUCAAUAAUGAUAUGGACGUAUUAAAAAAACAUUUAUUUUUAUGUCAUCCACGAUUCACAGCCAUAUUUAAAAAAAUGACUGACGGUCCUACUUUUGAAAUACGUCUCAAUCGUUCAUAUGAUUGUUCACUUGACACAUAUGAUGAAUAUAAACAUGAUAAAUUUUGUCCACAAAAACGUCGAUGUAUGACAGAACUUAUCAUUUGGAGACCAGCUUGUAAUCGUCGUUCACAAUUUGCUGAUAUUAAUUAUAUAUGUCGUCGUCCGAAUUUAGCACGUUGUUAUCGUCAUACAACUGGAGCAUUAAAAGUUGAACCGGAACAUAUUGAAGAUGAUAGUGACGAUGAUUUAUAUCCAGAGUGGACAAAACAAUUGACACGACGUUUAAUGGAAGAUUUUCAAGAUGUGAAUGAUGGUGAAAAAGAAAUGAUGAUCAUAUGGAAUAAUCAUGUUAUGAAAUACAAUUUUAUUGCUGAUAGUCAAAUGGCACUUGCAUGUGAAUUAUUUGUGGAAAAUCAUGGCAAUGAAUUAAUAGAAAAAAAUUUAAUAAAAAAUUUCUAUUUACAUCUUAUAACAUUACAAUUAUAUAAUUUGCUGAGAAAAUCAGAUGUGGCUAAAUGUGUAGUACGUUUGAAAACAUUUUUAUCCUAUGACAAGAAACAUAAAUUAGAUGAUAAUGAUGAGAACAAUUUGAUUGUUAAAAAAAAAAUGAUUACUAUUGGUACAUCAUGA